AUGGCUUCCCAUCAUUUGGACGCCCUCUUAGGAUGUACAAACACGAACGGCUGUAAUAAUUGCGAAUUUUUGAUUGCCUCUCUCUCUCUCCCUCUCUCUCUCUCUUUCUGUCUCUCUCUCCUUCUCUCUCUCCCCCUUUCUCUCUCAAUCUCUAUCUCUUUCACUCUUUUCUUUCUCUCUCUCCCUUUUCCUUUCUUUCUCUUUCUCUUUCUCUCUCUUUCUUUGUCUGUUUCUCUCACACUUUCUCUCUUCCUUUCUUUCUCUCCCUUUCAUUUUCUCUCUCUUUCAUUUUUUUCUCUCUUUCUCUCUCUCUCUCUCUCUCGUGUGCGUUCCUCUCUCUCGCUCUCUCUCUCUCCCUCUCUCCCUCUUCCUCUCUCCACCUCUCUCUCUCCCUCUCUCCACCUCUCACUCUAUCUCUCUCCCACUUUCUCUCUCUCCCUCUCUUUCUCACUUGCUCUUUCUUUCUCUCCCUCUCCUUCUCUCUCUCUCUUUCUUUCUCUCCCUCUUUCUUUCUCUCCCUCUCUCCCUCUAUCUCCCUCUCUCUCUCCCUCUUUCUCUCUCUCCCUCUUUCUCUCUCUCCCUCUUUCUCUCUCUCCCUCUUUCUCUCUCUCCCUCUGCCGCUCCCUCUCUCUCCCUCUUUCUCUCUUUUCCACUCUCUCUCUCUCCCUCUAUCUCCCUCUCUUUCUCCUUCUCUCUCCCUCUUUCUCUCCCUCCCUCUCCCACUCCCUCUCUCUACCUCUAUCUCCCUCUUGCUCGCUCUUGCUCUCCCUCUCUCUCUGUAUCUCCCUCUGUCUCUCCCUCUUUCUCUCCCUAUCUCUCCCUAUUUCUCUCCAUCUCUCUCUCCAUCUCUCUCCCUUUCUCUCCCCCCUCUCUCUCUCUCUCUCAUUUUCUUUUACGAGUGACCAACUAUUAUUAUGUGUGCAUCUCUCUUUUUCUGUGAAUAUCAACCUGUCUGACUAUCUAUCUAUUUCAUUCUUUUCAUACCUUUCUAUCGCAUUCUGUCAAUAUCUAUCUAUCUAUCUAUCUAUCUAUCCCAGAUGGUUUCUAUCUAUCUAUCUAUCUAUCUAUCUCAUUCUAUCUAUCUAUCUAUCUAUCUAUCUAUCUAUCUAUCUAUCUAUCUAUCCCAGAUGGUUUCUAUCUAUCUAUCUAUCUAUCUAUCUAUCUAUCUAUCCCAGAUGGUUUCUAUCUAUCUAUCUAUCUAUCUAUCUAUCUCAUUCUAUCUAUCUAUCUAUUUCAUGCUAUUCAUAUCGACCUGUUUAUUUUAACACGAAGAUGUGUUUUUAUGUGGUUUCGGCACAUUUAUUGACAGCUUGA